AUGCAUGCUAAUACAACAAAUACUGGUUAUCUAAAUGUAGCUAAUCGCACUGUUAACGUUGGUAGUUGUACUAUUGGUGGUAAUGCCGCACCAGAAGUUUACUAUAGUGGUUAUCUCGAUCAUCUGAGUGUAACAAUGCGUGUUAAAACCGCAUGUGAAAUUUUACAAGAUGCUACUCUCGUUGUCUACUAUCCAUUCGAGAAUUCAAUUAUAGAUCAAGGACCAAAUUUCAUAAUGGGAACUCUAUCGAAUUCUGGUACUACUUAUGUUAGUGGAUACGUUGGUAGUUAUGCACUACAAUUAAGCACAACAGGUGCCUAUUUUCAAGUGCCAAGUCUAACUGGAUUGGGCACUAGCAAUCAAGGUUUUUCAAUUGCACUCUGGGUGAAACCGAGUGCAAUUAGUGGACCGUUGGUUCACGUUUCCUCAACAACGACUGGUUAUGGAAGUUGGUGUGUACCCUUUCUCGGUUUUUCAUCAAGUGGUCAAAUUGUUGCUAAUAUUAGGACUUCAUCAGGUACAAUUGUUUCUGCUACUGGUCCUGUUCUACAAACAACUCCAUUUUGGACACAUAUUGUUCAGACAUGGUCUACGAUAAAUGGCUUACGUCUUUACGUAAAUGGUUAUUCGUAUGUUAAUAUUACAAGUGCUACGUCUUAUGCAGCUUCUGGAGUACAGAAUUAUUUGACAUUAGGAACAGCUUUGAAUGGUGCAGCGUGUGCAGCUGGGUCAAUUCAGAGCUCUGGUCAAUACUUAGGAGCUAUAGAUGAUUUUCGUUUGUAUAGUAGAGAGUUGAGUGCCAGUGAAGUUUGUCAGUUAGUAAGUGUAUAA